UUAUGACGGACACUAUCACUGAAAGUUGGUUGUAUUAUGUUUUUGUAGUCUUGAUGUUAAUACCUGUUUAUAUGCUGUUUAAACUUUUAAAGUUUUUCGGUUGGGAACUAUUUGUAAACAAUUAGCCAACAGCAUUUAGUAACAAAAGCAGCAGCAUCACAUGUGUUAUGCUAGCUGUUUGAAAAACAUACUAAAUUCAACGAAAAAAGAAUAUUUUGCAGUUUUCACCAGCAACACAUAACAAAUAAGGAAAGCAUAGCUCAAGGACUACUACACUAGCACUUACAGGACAAAAAACAUAAAAAAACAAAAAAAGAAAAUAAAACUCAGUGGAAUUUAUGAGUGGAAUAUAAAAAAGUUGUUGUAACUAGAAAACCCUUUUUACUUGUUUUAAAACACAAAAAUUUGAUAACAAGGCUAAAAAGCAAAAAAAAAAAAAUAAAAAAGUGACAGCCAAACUGACAUAAAGUUUUUUGGUAAAGGAACAAAUAAUACCACAACAAAGUCAUCGCCUUCAUCAUUAUUAAAAUAAUCACCAAAAAAUAUACCAACGACAACAGAGCCAAAUUUCAGCAACAAAAAAGCUGAAGCAGUGACAAGAAAGGAAAAAAAAUCACCUUGUUUUUUGUGUGUUUAUUUGCCUUUAAGGAUCCUGUUACAAAUUAACAACAACCAAAACAAAACCCUCAUAAAAGCAAAAGAGCGGGAGAAGCUGCUAUACUACUUUAACAUCUUGUCCAUGCCAACAACAAAAUAAUGUAUUAUUUUUGUUAAUAAUAUGUAUUUUUCUGCAACUAAAGUAUAAUAAAAUCAUCAUGGCACUAAUAACAAAAUCCCCGUCAUCAUCACCAUACUCAUCAUCAACAGCAUUGUCGUUGUUGUCAUCGUCGUCAUAGUCACUGGCUAGAAAGACAAUACAAAAACAAAACCAUAUGUGAAAUUCUAUGGCUGUAGUAGAGAGUCCUUACUUAUCCCUACCAAAACUCCGACAAAAAAUCACUGAUUUAGCACAAAAAUAUAUAAAAA